GGACUAAAACUAAAGAGGGUGUGGUGCAGAGUGUGACCUCAGUUGCGGAAAAGACCAAAGAACAGGCCAACAUGGUAAGCGAUGCCAUGGUAGCCAGUGUGAACACCGUGGCCAGCAAGACAGUGGAGGAGGCUGAAAAUAUUGUGGUGACCACUGGCAUCGUUCGGAAGGAGGAUUUGGUACAUCCAUCUCCAGCUGAGCAUGGGGCCCCAGAAGACCAGCCAGCAGAAGCUACUGAAGAGGUUGAGGGCAGCAGAGACUAGCUGGGGAACCAUCGUUGAGCCAGGCCAAGGAUUGUGGAGCCAGUAGCUGACACUAACCUUCUCCCCUGUCACCUGAACAAGAUGGCUUCUUGGACCCAGCUCCCUCCCUUCUUCCCUGUUCCUGACUGGAUGAACACAUCAUGCUACAUGUGAAUAUCAGGUUCUAGAGCAUAUGUGUUGAGUAGCCGUGUGCUGGGUAUCUUCCUUCUACUCCUACCUGUAGCUUAAGUCUCCCCCACAUUAGUCCAUCUGUCCAUCUAUCUGAGCAUCCUUGUUGCUGCUUCUUCCCUUCCUCCCUCCUUGUUUCCCUCUGUUCAUUUGGACUCCAUAGAUGUUGGGUAUGCUUUAUGUAUUUAUUUAUUUACAAGUGAUACCAAAAUAAAACUGUAUUUGAACCAUG